AUUUAUAUGGACCAACUUAUUUUUCUAACAAUUCUAAGAAUCAUUCUCGUGAUGACACGUGGCUACGAAAACAUGUUGUAAUGCUCCAGGAUUAAUAUAUAAGGGAUUUUUUUUUAUAAAAUUCUCUCUUGGUUUCUUGAGAAGAAUAUCUCUUUUGAUAAAAUUCAAGUUAUGUAUGCAUUCUUGCGUUAUCAUGUAAAUGAUAUCUGUGAGUAUUUUACAAUAUGCAAAGGAAAACACAUUUAAAUGAUAAGUUCCUAGUUCCUAAUUCAAAAAGAAAAAGGAUGUUUCUCGGGUUUAAAUUAGAUACCAAAAAAAGUACAUAAUCAGUGUUUUCUAUCACAAACAAUAUCGUGUGAUACUAAAAAAAUAUGGUUUUUUCUUUUGACCUUGGAGUCAUCUUACAACGAGACACAAGAAGAACGAAGAGGAGAUGGAAGGUAAUAAGAAGAAGAAGACGUAGAGACAUAUCUAAGGGCCAUGAACCGUCACUGGAGAUUCCUUUAGAUCUCGUGAUAGAGAUUUUCAGAAGACUCCCUCCCAAAUCUCUAACGAGGUUCAAAUUAGUCUCCAAGCUCUGGUCAUCCAUUGUUUGUUCCAAAUAUCUUACCGACCUUUCAUCAUCGCCACGUAUAUACAUGUGGUUGGGCUUCGACGAAGAAAAGAUAUUAGUAUCAUCGUCACCGUCUUCUCCUGACUUGGACGGUUCCUUUGUAAUUGACCAAGAUUUGACAAUCUCAGCGAUGAAAGGCUACUCGGUAUCUCACGUUUAUCGCGGGUUGAUGUGCUUUACAAAUGGCACAAAUGCACAAAUUUUUAACACGACCACUAGGCAACUUGUUGUCUUGCCUGAGAUAGAAGAAUCCAACAUUAUAGCUGAAGAGUACAAGUUUAGGAAGGUCAUAUACCGUAUCGGACACGACCCUGUUCAUGAUCAAUAUAAAGUGGUUUGCAUAGUUUCAACACACAAUGUUCGAAGGAUGGAGCAUUGGGUCUUCACACUAGGAGGAGGUGUGUCUAGACAAUGGAGAAAGAUACCAAGUCCAUGUCCACAACAUAGUCCUUUCACACAAGGAUUGACAAUGAAUGGGCGUAUGUAUUACCUAGGUUUGGUUCCUGAUUUGCUUUCUCCUGUGUUUGUGAGAUUCGAUAUUAGUUCUGAAGAAAUCAGCGUGCUCCAAAAUGUUGAAGAUGCCUUUUGGUGUCGGUAUUAUUAUACUGAGAUUAUAGAAUACGAUGGAAAACUAGCUAUUUUAGACUAUUCCGAUCUUGUAAAAGACGGUGUGAUGGAACUAUGGGUGAGGGAAGAUGAAGAGAAGAAUAGUUGGUCAAGGAAGACUUUGGUGUUGCAUCCUUCUCAUAUGAAUAUGGUCAAAACGCAUAUAGUCCAUAAUAUGAGUUUGAGGGUACAAGGUACAACUAGAAACGGUGACGUUAUCUUGGUUCCUCAACAUAUUACUAGACCCGACGACCAGUUUAUCGUUUUACCUCAAGUUACAACUCAUUUCUACGUGUUUCUUUACAAUCUACAAAAGAACCAUUUGAGAAAAGUUUACAUAAAAUCCAACCGCUACAACACCAAAAGAUGGGACGUUGUUGGAUUUGACGACAUUGAGAACUUCAUGUCUCUCUAAUUGCUUUUGUGAAUAUAUAUUUUUAUAUGUUUCUCCAAUCAUUUUAUUUAAUUUUGUUUGGAUUUUUUCUCAACUAUAGUUUUUCUUAUGAAACGCAGCACAUUUUUUUUGUGUCAUUAAUAAAGCGUUAUCGAUGUUUGAUGCCUAUAUUUAAGAACAUAUUUAUCCAUAGUUCACAACUUAGGAUAUCUCACAAAACCAAUGAAAACAAUUGUAUUUAAAUGGGAAAAUCCAUAAAAAC